GGCCGCCCCGGGCCGCGCAGCGCCCGGCAGAGGAGAAGGAGGAGAAAGGAGGCGACACCACCGCCUCGCCUCACGCCGCCGCGGGGACGGACCUUAUUCACCAGCCGCUUUCGCCUGCCCGCCCCCGCGGAGAGGGCGCGCUACCAACCCGGCCGAGAAAUUGGCUCGCCUCCCCUUCCCCCGUGCGCUGAGGGGAGGAGGGGAGCUCCGUCCGUCCCACCGCGGAGGGGCUGAGGGAAAGCGGAGCCCCCUCCUCGCCCCCCUUCCCCUCCCGUCCCUCUUUUCCACCGCAGGGAGAGACCUCCCUUCUCCUCCCCCCUUCCCAGGAGGGGAGAGGGACCCCCCUGCCCUCACCCCCCUGAGGCCGGCCUCCCCUGCCCUUUGCUCCCCGUCUCGACGGUGGCGGGGCUGGAGCAGGGCGAAGUCCUCCUUCGAGCUCUUCGGCCUGUCAGACUCUCGCCAUGGCUGGCGGUGGGCUCGGGACCUCGCUCCUGCUGAUGGCCGGCAUCGUGGUGGCGGUGGGGCUGUGCAGGAGACUGACCCGCCGCCGGCUACGCUCCCACCCGCGCCUUUGCACUUUCCUUCUGGAGAUGUUUAGCACCUUCCAGAUCUGCGCCUGCACCAACGAGCUCUGCCUGCUCGGCAACGCGGAGCCGAAGCCGCACACCGGCCUCACGCUCACCUACGGCUUCACCGUCCUGCACGGCUUGACCCUGCCCGGCAGCACAUGCAACCCCUGCGGCACCCUGCAGCCCAUGUGGGGCGGUGGGACCUCGGUCAAGAUGGGUGGACUCAAGAUCGGCGCGCAGUUCGUGGCCGCGGUGCUUGCCAGGGUGUUUAUGCACUUUCUCUGGAGGCUGGAGAUGGCAGAGCCACAUUAUGGAGCGCUCUCGCAGGGCUGCGGCGACCCCAUGCAGACUACAGAGAUGCAGGCGUUCUGCAUCGAACUGCUCUUUUCUGUCGUUUUCCAGCUGACCGUCCUGCGAGUGGAAAGUAUUAAUCCCAAAUACAGAGUCCAUUUGAUUGCCCUUCUCAUCACCAUGCUCGUCUAUGCAGGUGGAAAUCUCACGGGAGCAAUAUUUAACCCAGCACUGGCUUUUUCAUUACAUCCAAAUUGUUUCUAUGAGAAAUUUUGGAGUUAUUCACUAGUAUAUUGGAUAGCACCAUCCUUAGGUACAAUACUUGUGGCUUUUAUAUGGGAUGAAAUCCUUCCUCGGAUAUCCUGAGACCUCAAAUGCUGAAAUUUGGCAGUACUACAUUAAAAAUACUUCCAACAUCUGCAGACGUGAAGCUUUCAGAAAACUGUUGACG